AUGAGUCUCUAUCGAGCAACAAACCUCGGACUAACAGUACACACACUCAAGAGUACAUCAGUUCAAUACAGCAUUGAGUCUCUUGAUGAAGGCUUUAGCUACUCUGGUACAACCACUGCAGGAGAUCCUGAUGUUGUUGCUAUACCAUUGAAUUAUGAAGUCUUCUUAUCCUCCUAUCCAUAUCGAAAGUUAGGCCUGCAUAUUACAUCACUAGAGACUGAGCCUGUAUCUGUUGUUGCAUGGAGUAAGAACAUUUAUGGGUACUUUUCAUUUCUUGGGCUUCCGUGUCACACUCAACCAACAAAUUCAUAUGUAUAUUAUGCAGUUUCAUCUCAUGGUUACAGUAACUUUCCUGGAUACUUUCUCCUUGUUGGAUGCAUGAAUAACACCAAUGUCACCAUAGUACCAAGUCACUAUGCUAACAUUACAAUGCCAAUCAAUCCACAAUCACCAAACAGUGGAUAUAAGACAUACCUGGCAGGAGAAAACAACACAUUUGUCAUACAUGCAGGGCAGACUAUAAAAGUGUACCAAACUUAUGCUGAUAUCUCUGGAACUAAAACUAUUUCAGAUGCUCCAUUGACCGUUAUUAGUGGUCACACUGCUGCUCAGGUUCCACUUGGAACUAUUGGCACUGAUCCUAUGGCAACACAAGUCCCUCCUACUAUCACUUGGGGUACAGAAUUCCUCUUGUCUCCUCAUCAUAAUAGGAAUACUGGUCAAUUCUAUAAGAUUAUUGCCCACAGGAAUGGAACUAAUAUUGAAAGGAAAUGUGACACCAGUCCUACAGUUAAUGCUACUCUCUCCUCUGGCCAAGUCUAUCAGUUCAAUACUUCUAACACUUCUUACUGCAGUCUUGUAGCUAACAGACCAAUAUAUGUGGGGCAUGUUGGAACAAGUAGAAACUUUAAUGGAGGUACUUAUGGUGACCCAACACUUAAUACAGUUCCUCCAAUAAGCCAGUACUUACACUCAAUAGAGUAUACAACACUCUUUACAACAUUAAAUGGUGUGAGUAUCCUUGUACCAAAUGAUCAAUAUUUUAGUAACUACCUGAUAAUUGAUAAUACUCUCCGCUCUAUUUCAUGGACUUCCAUAAUUAAUUUUCCUAAUGGAACAAUUGCCGGUUAUGCCUUUUCUGCCUCAACUUCUGGUACUCAUAAAUUCACCCAUUCAAGAAAUUCAGGAAGGCUAUUUCUUUCAGUGUAUGGAUGGCCACCUUAUAGAGGAUAUGCAUUCUCAGGUGGUAUGGGUCUCAAUCCAAUAGAUCCACAUGUUACUCAUCCAUUAGUCAGUUUCACUCAAGAGCUAUUUAUUGCAUCAGAAGGAAAUGGUGAAGUCAUUAUCUAUUUGAAAAGAAAGGUGGAUGUUGAGGAAGAAGUAUCAGUGAGAGUGAGUGUUGCUCCCCAACAAGUGGACACAGCAGAAGGUAAAUAA